AUGUCAAAUGCUGAACCAAAUGGAAAAGCAACAACAGGCAGUGAUACUCCCGAAAGGGCGUCUUGGGGACGACCCUUGGAGUUUAUUCUAGCCUGUCUUGGAUACGCUGUGGGUUUGGGUAACGUCUGGAGAUUCCCUUACCUCUGCUACAGGAAUGGAGGCGGUGCUUUCCUCAUUCCAUUCUUCCUCAUGUUACUCUUCAUUGGAUUGCCUCUUUUCUACCUAGAGCUGUACAUAGGCCAGUACACUGGUAUCGGUCCCUUGCAGGCUUUCAGUGCCAUUUCUCCCUUCUUCACUGGCUUGGGUUACUGCACCCUGGUCGUGAUCUCCAUCAUUUCCGUUUACUACAUGAUUAUCGUCGCCUGGACCUUGUUCUACACUAUCGUAUCCAUCUCGGAAACAUUGAUUGGGGUUCCUGGUGUCCAAUCGGCCGGCAAAGUAGUGUACUUCACUGCAUUGUUCCCCUACGUGAUGUUGACAGCUUUACUGAUCAGAGGAGUCACUCUAGAAGGUGCUAUUGAUGGUGUCAUUUUCUAUUUGUCUCCAAAUUGGAGCACCCUGCUCGAUGCUCGUGUUUGGGGUGAUGCUGCUUCACAGAUCUUCUACUCCUUCGGUGUGGCAUGUGGGUCUCUUGUCACUUUGGCUUCGUAUAACAAGUUCAACAAUAACUGUCAUUUUGAUGCAGUGUUCGUCAGUUUUACGAACUUCUUGACCUCUGUGUAUGCUGGAUUUGCCAUCUUCUCUGUGCUGGGUUUCCAAGCUCAACUCAUGGGUGUUAGUGUCAACGAUGUGGCGACGGAAGGUCCUGGCUUAGCAUUUGUAGCAUACCCCGAAGCGUUACUUCAGAUGCCUGUCUACAGGUUGUGGUCUAUCCUGUUCUUCUUGAUGUUAUUCAUCCUUGGUCUUGGAAACUACAAGUUCCCAUUGUUCGCCGAUUUGCUGGGCUGGGCCGUCGGUCUAUCAACACUAAUUCUAUUCCCAGUUGGACUCGGAUGGGCUCUGUAUCAUGGAUAUAGAGGCAAACAACUGUUCACACCAACUGAUGCCUGGCAGCCAGCAAACAAAGCUCUCAUCGCCCCUCGGUCAGAUUCGAUCGUAACAACAGAUUCUGUACAUCAAGGACCUUAUGACAACGUGGGAUACAUUAUGUGAACAUGUCGCUAUAUAAGUAAAACUAACACGAGUAUCUAGUCAAAUGAGUUUGUUUAUAUUGAACCAAACUCAAAAUGCUAGUAUUAAGUUCAAAAUACAUCGUAGUAGCGACACAAAAAACUAUAAACAAAUGUUGCUUUUCAGGGUUCAAGUCUAUUACAACCUUUAAUAUCUGGCAUAAUUUCUUAUUGUUGUCAUUGCAAUUUGAGCCCUAUUUAUUAUUGGCAAAUGCAGGUUUAAAAUCGAACAGCAAUGAUAUGCUAUCUAUUUUGAUACCUGUAUAACUUUGACAGUAAUGUCGUAAUCGUGACGUCACUCGUGUCAUGGGCGUAGGUAGUACUGUGGCAACUGCUUACCAUCAAGUAAGUCUUAUCAAGGAUAAGCUUUGUUGCUGAAAGUAAUAUCAUAAAAAUAGCUACAAAAUUAAUGUGAAAUCUUAGAACUGUUUCACUUUGCGGACACGCUGUAUUUUUUACUAAAACCUAUUAUAAAAUCCAUUGUGACAAAUAAUGUUUGAAACAAUGUAAACGAACAAAUGUAAUUACUGGAGUUGAUUCUUAAUGAAAUAGACAUAACAAUAUAACUUUGAUAAAAAUUGCGACGGGAUAC